GUCAUCAUCAUGCGCCGAAAGAGCGCUGUGAAGUCUGACACUGACGUGUGAUUUAGUAAGCACUAUUAGGAUCACAGAAAAAGUACGCUAGGAACGAGUUAUGCACUCGAAAUUUAGGUAGUAUUUAAAAAAGAAACAUACAUUUGGCUGCUGGAUAUGGAGAACUGGAGCCUUGUGUCCCUAUCUGUUUUGCUCGUACUCGCGGCGAAAUGGGCAGUCUCGUUCAAUUCAUAUUCAGGAGCAGGCAAACCACCGAUGUUCGGGGACUAUGAAGCCCAAAGGCACUGGCAAGAAGUGACGUACAAUCUUCCAGUUCAUGAGUGGUACCUCAACACCACAGAGAAUGACCUGAACUAUUGGGGUUUGGAUUACCCUCCACUGACAGCCUACCACAGUCUCCUGUGUGCCCAUGUAGCAAAACUCAUAAACCCUGAGUGGGUGGAGCUGCAUACGUCCAGAGGGUAUGAGAGUCCAGCUCACAAACUGUUCAUGAGAGCAACUGUUCUGGUAGCAGACAUCUUGAUAUACAUUCCUGCAGUUGUGGUGUACUGCUUAUAUCUGGUUGAAGGGUCUACAAAAAAGAAGGUCACCACAAUCUUCUGUAUCCUGCUCUACCCAGGCCUUACAUUGAUCGACUAUGGACAUUUCCAAUACAAUGGUGUGAGUCUUGGCCUGGCCCUAUGGGGCGUGGUUGGCCUGGGUCUGGGCUGGGAUAUGCUGGGCUCGCUGGCCUUUACGCUGGCACUCAACUACAAGCAGAUGGAGCUCUACCACUCACUCCCCUUCUUCUGCUACCUGCUGGGUAAAUGUGUGAAGCAGGGUCUGUCAGGCAGAGGGCUGCUCCUGCUGGUGAAAGUUGCUGUGACAGUGCUGGUGACCUUUGCCCUCUGUUGGUUGCCCUUCCUGUCCGACUCCCAUCAGGUCCUGCAGGUGGUCCACCGCCUGUUCCCUGUGGCCCGUGGCCUGUUUGAGGAUAAAGUAGCAAAUGCUUGGUGCAGCUUGAACAUUCUGAUAAAGAUCAAAACCCUGAUGUCCACUGAGACUCAGCUUUCCCUGAGUUUUGUGCUCACACUCUUGGCCGUCCUGCCCUCGUCAAUAAAACUCUUCAUGAAGCCGACCCUGUGGCAGUUCAAACUCGCUCUAGUGAACUCAUCUCUGGCCUUCUUCCUCUUCUCCUAUCAAGUCCAUGAGAAGUCUAUCCUGCUGCCUGCCCUGCCAGUGUGCCUUCUCCUCAGUGAUCUCCCCUUAAUGGCCAUCUGGUUUCUCCAAGUGUCUACCUUCAGCAUGCUCCCCCUGCUGUUGAAGGAUGGGCUGCUGCUCCCAUACGUGGUCACCUCCCUGGCCUUCCUCUACUUCAGCCUGUUCCUGCUGUCGGGCCUGCAGCGAGCCACGGACGAGCAGCUCCGGCUGCAGCCCUACCACGCCCUCUUCAGCUCCAUCCUGCCCUGCCUGCCCAGAUUCAACCUCGGUCGCAUCACCAAGUGGAAGUUUGUAGUAUCAGUGGUGCUCAUGGCCUGCCUGAGUUUGGGGAUUGUGGUGCUGGAGCCCCCUGCACAGUUACCGGACCUAUUUCCUGUGCUGGUGUCACUCAUUUCCUGUUCGCACUUCCUGGGUUUUCUGCUGUACUUCAACCUGCUGCAGCUCAGCGAGGCUCCGGCCAGGAGGAGCAGCAAGAAGAGCAACUGAGGCAUGGGAGUGCAGCUACUCACCAGAAGGGUUUAAAUGGGUUCAUGUGUUUGGAGUGCAGCUACUCACCAGAGGGGUUUAAAUGGGUUCAUGUGUUCGUGUUUAAAGGUUUGAAGGUGUUUUUGUUUUGGGUUUAAGGAUCUGAAGGGGACCAAUGUGUUCAUGUAAUUUAUCCCAGUUAAAACUUCAAGAAUCCUGUCUGAGUGAAGGCUUUUGUGUGUCCAAGUGACUGCGAGUGACUGUGUGUGUGUGUGUGUGUGUGCGCGCGCGCGCGCGUGUGUGUGUGUCAGGGUGUUGGCCAAGGUUUGCGGUUUGUAUUGAAACGAUUUUGAAGUUCAUGGGUUAUUGAAAAUUGCAUUAGUUUGAGAAUAUUAGUUUUGGACCAGUCAUACUUGUCAAAUUAGAGGACCAUUUUUUUUACCAAGAAUGUUUUCUACAAGAGCUCUUCAUUAAAA